UUUGAUUUAGUUCGUCGUGGAAAUUCGUAAAGUGUGGACGUACAUCAUGUCUGUUGCAUAUAAACUUGGUGAUUUAGUUUGGGCUAAAAUGAAGGGGUUCAGCCCUUGGCCCGGCCGGGUUGCCAUUCCUACUCCGGAGCUGAAACCCCCAAAGAAGGCAAUGAAUGUUCAAUGCAUUUACUUUUUUGGAACUAAUAAUUAUGCCUGGAUUGAAGAGCAUAAUAUUAAACCCUACCAGGAACAUAAGGAGCAGUUGAUCAAGUCCUGCAAGACCGCAGCAUUUAAGGAAGCGGUCGCCCAAAUUGAGGAAUACAUUGAGAAUCCUGAGAAAUUCGGUGAUUUCGAUGAACACGCUCGUAACCCAGAAGAGGAAUUCGACAAACUGAAAGAUGUGAUGAAAGAGGACAGCUCCGACGAGAAGCCACCGGAGGAGGAGAACGCUACCCCCGAGGUUAAGAAAAAGAGCGCCACGCCUAAGAUACGUUUGGCCAUUUCAAAGGUGAAAUCUAUCAAGCGCUCAUCCUCGACCGGUCUCAAGGGGACGCCCCGCAAGAAGGUUAAGAGCAUCUCCCGUUCAUUCACGGACAGCGACAUGGCGAACGAGAAACCUUCCAUGUUGAAUCACUCCUUCUCAAAGAAGUCCAGUCUGUUGCAUCGUCCCUCGAAUAUACUGAGACCUGAGACUCCCCCGCUGGACUUGGAGAACGUUUCGGAAACGUUGCUGGAGAAGAACAUCAAGGCGAGCCAGAUGAAGUUCGGCUUCCUCGGGCUGGGCAUCAUGGGCGGCGGCAUCGUGAAGAACUUGCUGAACUCGGGACACAAGGUGCUCGUCUGGAAUCGCACCGGGGCCAAGUGUAAAGACUUCGAGAAGGUUGGCGCCACGAUUGCUGUAACACCCUGCGAUGUCGUUGAAGAAGCGGAUAUCACAUUCUCAUGUGUUGCCGACCCACAAGCUGCGAAGGAGAUGGUGUUCGGCAACUGCGGAGUGCUUCACUGUCCAUCCCUAGAAGGCAAAGGUUACGUGGAGAUGACAUCCAUCGAUGCGGACACGUCGCACGACAUUGUCGAAGCUAUCAGUGGGAAGGGAGGCAGAUACCUUGAAGCUCAGAUCCAAGGCUCCAAGACGCAGGCGGAGGAGGGCACGCUGAUCGUGCUGGCGGCGGGCGACCGCUCGCUGUUCGACGACUGCCAGUCCUGCUUCAAGGCCAUGAGCAAGAACUCCUUUUACCUCGGUAGCGAGAUCGGCAACGCGUCCAAGAUGAACUCCGUCCUGCAAGUCGUGGGCGGAGUGUCGCUGGCGGCGCUCGCAGAGGGACUCGCGCUGGCCGACCGCGCCGGCCUCAGCCAGGCCGACCUGCUCGACGUGCUGGCGCUCACGCCGCUCGCCUCGCCGCACCUCAUACUCAAAGGCAGAGGUGAGUGUCCCGCCUGUCCCGCCGUCCCGCCGUCCCGGCCGACCUGCUCGACGUGCUGGCGCUCACGCCGCUCGCCUCGCCGCACCUCAUACUCAAAGGCAGAGGUGAGUGUCCCGCCUGUCCCGCCGUCCCGCCGUCCCGGCCGACCUGCUCGACGUGCUGGCGCUCAGGCCGCUCGCCUCGCCGCACCUCAUACUCAAAGGCAGAGCGAUGAUCGAGUCAUCAUAUUCAACACACCAACCGCUGACUCACAUGCAGAAGGAUCUGAAACUGGCCCUGGGACUGGGGGACGCCCUAGAACAGUCCCUGCCGCUGACGGCGACGACCAACGAGAUCUUCAAGCACGCCAAGCGCCUCGGGUACGCCAACCACGACGUGGCGGCCGUGUACAUCCGCGCGCGGUUCUGAGCGCCGGCCCCCCCCCCUCCCACACACAGGCUGCGUCUGUUGCGUGUCCUUCGAUUCUAUUCAUGUACCUUUACACAAAACGGGAAUAGAAUGAAUCAUCUACCAACUACUUUAAACAUGAGCGUCAUCACCAUUUUCACCCCCAUUGUGACGCGUGAAUGACGCGUUUAUAUUUCAUCGUCGUAAGAGAAAUUGUUGACAGUGUAAUGAACGAUGUAGAGAAAUGAAAUGAUAAGAGCAGUGAAUAUAUAAAUUAUUUUGUUGCCUUGUCGUCGGUUCGUUGUAGCGUCUCGCUAUUUCGAAAUGUUUUUGGUAUCACCCUGUUAUUGACAAAUUGAUUGAUCAAUGUUAACAGUAUGUUUAAGGAGUUAUCGACGAUAUUAAAAGAAUUACUUGAUUUAUAAUUUAAGUUAUCGUAAUUAAAUGAUAAUAAAAUCGAUUUUAGUACA